AUGACUUCUCUGGUCAAUCCUGUUGCCACUCUUGUUGUUCCGAGAGAAUCGCUCAACCAUCAUGAGUGCCUGAAGACGUUCACUAGAGUGAAUUUCAAGAGGUGGCAGCAGAAGAUUCUGUUUUGCCUGACUACUCUUAGCCUUGUGAGGUUUUUGAGUAACGAUCCACUAGCCGUGGAGGAGAAUGAGCAAGACAAGCAGAAGCUCAUGGCUAUAGAUGCUUGGAAGCACCCUACUUUGGACAAGAAAUACAAGACCGAGGAUGCUGAGGCAAAGAAAUUUAUCGUUGGUCAAUUUCUAGACUUCAAAAUGGUAAACUUAGAAACCAUCAUUAGUCAAGUCCAAGAUUUACAAGUAAUUCUACAUGAGAUUCAUGCAGAGGGAAUGUUCUUGAGUGAAUCAUUCCAGACAGCUGCGUUGAUUGAGAAACUACCUAAUGGCUGGAAAAACUUCAAGAACUUCUUGAAACAUAAACGAAAGGAGAUGAUAGUCGAAGAGCUCAUUGUCAGGCUCCGAAUUGAGGAGGAUAACAAGAAAAAAAUGAGGAGUACCUCCACUAUGAAAUGCUUCAAUUAUGGAAGCGAUGGGCAUCAGGAGGUUGAUUACCACAAGAAGAAGAAGCAUUACAAGAAGUAUCCUCCACAAAACAAAAGUCGGGUACACAUGGCUAAAAUGGAGGAUUUGUCACAAGAUGUGGACGACAUGCAUCUGUUAGCCGUCGUCUCUGAGUUGUUCAUGAGAAAUUCUACAACCUCAACUGUUGAGGGUAAAGGCAAGGUGGUCCUGAAGAUGACUUUAGAAAAAGAGCUGACUUUGAAUACUGUCCUAUUUGUUCUGGACAUUUGUAAGAACCUUGUCUUCGGGUCGCUCUUAAGCAAGCAUGGCUUCCUCAUGGUGUUUGAGUCUGAUAAGGUCGUGCAGACCAAGAGCGGGGUCUAUGUGGGGAAGGAGUAUAUGUCGGGCAAUAUACAUAAGAAUAUCAUGAUGGAGUCAAGGAAUGCGUCUUUCUAUGAGAACGUGUUUCCUUGCCGAACCCGUAAACAGAAUCAAAGUUCUAAAAAGGAACUUGAGAUGAUCCUAGUGAUAGUGAUCAAGAUGAAGAAGUAG